AUGGCUUCGCAUUACUACACCCAAACCCAAUCAUCAUUACAUAUCCUUGCAGCUCUCCUAGUACUACUACUUAUCCUUUGUUCGCAAUCCAGCCUUAUAUGUGGCCAACCGCUUUCGGAGUAUAAUAUUGACAACUCCUCCUCUAUUAUAUCCUGGACCAACAUUAGCUCCUAUGUCCCAGAUUAUUCAGAUGGAGUUGGAUCAUCCCGGGCUAUCCUGUUCAGACAAAUCACUUCUUCUACGACCUUUGCAUGUGGCCUAAUCUGUGAUGACUUGGGCACUACCUGCCUCUUCGGUGUCCUCUAUUCUUAUUACAACUGGCGUUACAACCAGUAUCUAAUCUGGUCUGCUAUCCAGAAGCGAACUGUGACAGUAAAUGCAAGCAUGGAACUGAGGCGAGAUGGAGGGUUGUUUCUGAUGGACUCUGAUGGAUCCCUGGUUUGGUCCACGCACACCAAUAGCAAUGGGAGUCGUCGUGUCUCCGGUUUGAAAUUGAGGGAGAAUGGAAAUCUUGUCAUUUUUGGACAAAAUAAUGAAACCAUUUGGCAGUCUUUUGAUUAUCCAGUGGACGUUAUACCAUCUUGGAAAGGGCAAGUAAAACGUAGGUCAAUGGAGCUUAUAAGAGGCAGCAUAUCAACUACAAACUAUGGAGAAGGUUGGGUUCCAUUGUCUCUAGUUCUCCUGUUCCGUCAAAGCAGCAUUUAUAAUGAUGCGAUGUUUGCGUGUGGCUUAAUCUGUGACGACUUAGGCACUACCUGCCUCUUCGGUGUCCUCUUAUUACGUCAUGACCGUCAACAGGAUAUGGAUAUACCCAAUGAAUUAACGUUGGAUUACCAGAGUCUAGUUUGGUCUGCUAACAGGAACCAUCCUGUUACAGUAAAUGCAAGCGUGGAACUGAGGCGAGAUGGAGGGUUGUUGUUGAUGGACUCUAAUGGAACAGUGGUUUGGUCCACACACACUAAUGGGAAUCCUACCUUGGGUUUGAAUUUGACGGAAAAUGGAAACCUUGUCAUUUUUGGCCAAAGUAAUGAAACCAUUUGGCAAUCUUUUGAUCAUCCUACAGACACCUUACUACCUGGCCAACUAAUGCCCGGACAGACGCUCAAGGCUAGCAUAUCUAAAUCAAACUUUGAAGAAGGUUCGUAUUCAGUCAGCAUUGGUGAUGGCUAUUCGGUUCGUGCUUAUUUACGCUCCUCUAAUGCCUACUGGUAUGAGUAUACCCCGGUUAUGGGAGUAUAUGUAAAUUUUUCGAAAUAUUGGCAAAACUAUGAAUUCCUCAAGUUUGAGCCUGAUGGGCAUUUGACAGCGUACGGAUGGUCAUCACCAUAUGAGUCUGAUGUUUUUGCAAUUGGUUUUUGUGGAUACCCAUUGGUUUGCGGAAGAUACGGUGUUUGUGAGUAUGAUCAAUACUGUAAUUGUCCUCCUGGACUCAGCCUUUUCACGCAAAUAAACACUAGUCAACCGAGCCAAGGAUGUUCUUUAAUUACUCCCAUUUCGUGUGAACAUUCCCAACUGCAUACUCUUCUGGAGAUAAAGGAUACUACUUAUAUUGGUCAAUAUUUGUUGAAUGAAUUUGGUGAGUACAGGGAUUUAGAAAGUUGUAAAAAGGCAUGCUUAAGGAACUGCUCCUGCAAAGCAGCUCAUUUUAAUGGUCAUUAUUCAAAAGGAUACUAUUUAUUGCUAAAUGAAGUUCUCUCCCUUGUGACCACGGACGUGGGAAACAACAUAUCUGUUUAUCUAAAGCUGCAAAAUUCGUCGACAAUCCUACAGAGUCAUCCAUGGAUUCUGCAGAGGCAUGCCAAGACAACUUUGGGGAUUACUGAAACAAAAAAGUUCAGCUCAAAGAUGAGGAGGAGGAGUUUUUGGAUGGUCUGCCAGGGUUGCCUACUCGAUUCUCUUAUGAAAACUUGA